ACGUGUUUACUCUUAGUCAUAUAUUACCUCCGCACGGCUCACCCAGCCGCUGGCCUGCUCAGACACAGAUCUUGGCCCGAGAACGGACGUACUCGCCGUAUUCGCCCCCUUCACCGCCUCCAAACCACCUUCCUCACGCGUCAAUUCGACAUUUGUGGCCUCAGACGUGCUGGAUAUUUGGUCAGUUUGCUGGUUUAUCAUUUUCCGCGCAGAGUGGGUAGCGAUUGCUUGUCUGUAGCAGCCGAUGCACGCUGUCUAGACGCGACGCGUUUGGCUCUAGUUUACGUCUUUUCCCUGCUUUCUUGAUUUCCCGAUGGCCGCUCACCAACCACAUCUCUCGCCCUCGGCUUCCGGCUCUGCUAGGACCCAGCGUCCUGAAACAGAUGGUGACUUUGAGAGCAUCUCGCUCGACGACAAUAAGCUUGCCGUCAGCCAGUCGCCGCAGACCCGUAAGCUGUCAUCCGGAUCCAAUGCCCACCAGCAGGCCGCGACCACGCCCUCGCCCUCGCCCUCGCGCUCUGUCUACCCUGUCUCUCCAUUGAACCCCAGCAGUCCGUUUGUCCGCGGCGCCAAGCCCCCCGCUGCCGCGUCCGAAGGACGAAAUCUUCUCGCCGCGGCCGCGAGCCCCACCGCCGUCUCGCCAAACCUGCCGUCGUCCGAGUUCUCGCCGCGGAAAUCGCUCCCACCCACGCCUCGCUCGGCGUCGUUCGCAAACGUCGGCAGGUACUCGGUCUACGGACAAGUCUCGCCCAACGGCAGCCUGACGAAUCUGCAUGCGCCCCCGUCGCCUUCGUUGCCGGCGGUGUCGACGCCCGUGGCUAAUCUUCGCAAAUCGUCAAUGUCGAAUCUGGCUGCCUCGCCUAGACCUCCUACUCGUACGUCCUCCUCUGCCGGUGGACUCAACGUGCGCUCGACGAGCAUGUCGUAUAAUAGACCCGGGGGCUUAUACUCUGCCGCGCACCUCUCGUCUCCUUCGCUCGCCCUACCUGGCGAACACAGCAGCAGCCGCCGCGCCUCGGCAGACGACGGCCUCGCACUUCCCCUACGCCGACCCCAAGACUCCCGCCACCUCUCGCGCACAUCGCUGAAAUCCCCUUCCGCCAGCAGCACCGACAUCCCGCGCGACGACGACUCCGACCGCUCGGGCGACGACAUCGUGGUCCCCGACGACGUCAUCUUCUGGAACGUCCCGCUCACGCCCGAAGUCAAGGCCGCGGCCCAACCCGCCGUGUCGAGAACGCCCACGCCAGGAAGCAUACCCUCUCCCGACCGCAAGAGCUCGCGCGCGUCGCCGACGCGGCUUGGGCUCGGUCCCGAUUCGACGCCGAGCCGGUUGCGCCAGCAUGAUAGCUGGUCCGAUGCGAUGGAUCAUCUGUCUGACGAAGCGAAAGAUCUGACGGUCGCGCUGGAGGACUACCGCGACGAGCUGAAGAAGAGCACAAGACAGCAGAUGAUGGAGAAGAUCAAUCUGCAAAAGGGCUUGCCGGUUCCCGCCGCGCGGCCGUCGCCGGCGGAGUUGAAGCACAAGUCGGAGAAGGAGACGAGAGCGCUUAGUCUUGAGGAUCUUGCGUCGACUUCUGUCACGCGGCCGUCGCAUCUGCCGCGCAAGUCGAAGACCGAGGAGGAGAAGCAUUUGAGGGAGUAUCAGAAGAUGAUGUUGAAGUCUCAGAAACAAGAGAAGAAAAAGAAGGAGAAAAAGUUGAGCGAGUUUGCAGAGUACCAAAAGCAGUUGGCCGAAGACGUCGCAUACUGGGACAGCACCAUCAUGACCAAUCCACAGAUGAAAAUCUCAGACGCCCGCACGCGCACUAUGAUCUGGCGGUCAGGUAUCCCUCUGAAAUACAGAGAACGGAUCUGGAGCCUUAUGAUUGGGAACCAGCUUGGUAUAUCUCCGACGCGGUACGACGAUCUUUUGAAAGAAAUUCACGAUGCAGCACAGAAGAAGGAGGAAGACGAGGCUGCUGCUGCUGAGCUCAAGUUGAUCUUGGACGAUGUGGCUGAGACGUACCCGGAAACCAAGCUAUUCCAAAGCUCUGGCCCUCUUCGCGAAGCUCUGGUUGAUAUUCUGUCCGCAAGCUGCAAGAACAACGACAAGAUCUCAUACACGACUGGGAUGCACACCGUUGCCGCAGGAUUACUCCUCAACCUGCCGACAAAGGUGUCGUUCGUCGCUCUGGCAAAUGUGGUAGCCUAUCAACCGCUCGAGCUAUUCUACAGACCCGAUGACGACAGCCGUCUUUCCAGAUUCUACAUCGCUUUUGACCGCGCGUUUGCGAUUAACCUUCCGUCGUUGCACCAUCAUUUCAAUUCCUCGCUCGACCUCAAGGCGCCGUCAUACGUCCCUGCUUUCAUUCGUCCUUUGUUCACUCUGCAUCUACCUCUAGACUUUGUGCCUCGUCUCUGGGAUACUCUAUUCCUCGAAAUGAUGCUAGACUCCCCCAAAUCCCUCCCUAUGAGACGAACCUCUUCCGGCAGCUCCGGCAGCGGCUCCACCGCCACCCCGGAAAUGUCAUCCUUUGAAAACCUGCUGAUCGCAAUCAUCCUCGCGAUCCUGCAGCACAGCACGACCGCGCUGCUCACGGACGACAAAGAGUGCGUGCUUCGCAAGAUCGGGUGGGAGGCGACGCCGAUCAGUUUUAGCUCGGGGGACGUCGAUGUUCCGGAUACGGUGAGCGAGCUGGAGUUUAUGCGCUACGCAAAGAGUUUGGUUUAGAGAGAGAGUCCUGCGAUACUGGUUCUGUUUAUUUUGGUAGCUUUUAUUUUUGUAAAUACUCUUGGUCGUUUAGACUUUGUACUAUAUGCA